AUGAACAGUCUCUCGAAACCUGAACAAUUGAACUUGUUGUUCGAGUAUGCUACGAUAGAGGUGGCAGAGGAGGGCAAGCGAAGGGAUACCUACCCUUACAUUGCUUCAGAGAUCCUCUGCAUGGAUAUCAACGAGGUGAUCGAUGCCAUCUACAAGGACGAGAAGUAUCUGGCACAGCUCUACAGCAUGUUGGACCAGCCAGCCAUCAACCCAUCACUCUCCUCCAACAUUAGCAAGGUCGCCAUCAACUUUUUGUCAAGAAAGACUGUUGAGACAAUGACAUAUAUCAAGAAGCAGGAUAAGAUCAUUGACAAGUUCAUUACACAUCUCGAUCAAUCAGCUAUCGUUGACAUCCUUCUAAAGAUCAUCACAAUCGAGGAGUUCCAGGGAGGCGCCGGCACUCUGGAGUGGCUGGAGCAAGCAAACCUCAUCGGAGGUAUUGUUGCCAAGCUCGACCCUGCCUUUGAUUCAGAUUUCCAUGAGAAUGCUGCCUUCCUCCUUUCAGAGAUUGUCGAGUCCUCUGGAUACGUUGAGUCACCUUUGAUAGCUGAGCUAGGUAGUGAGCAGACAAUCCAGAAGCUCUACGGCUUUAUGUUCUCAGAGUCACCACUUGGAAGCUGCUUCAUCAAUGGCCUUACUGUGAUGAUUAAGCUCAUGAGGAAACACAAGGAUAGCUCGAUUGAGGUCAGCGCACCUUUGGAGAAGCUCGAUCCACUGUUCAAGCAGUCGGUCACUCACAGCCAAACUCUCAACGAGCUUCUGAAGAAGCCCACUUCGGACCUCACCUUCACGACUACCACCGGCCCAAUGUCUCCGCCACUGGGCUUCUACAGACUGAAGAUCAUCGAGUUCUUUACAGAGUUGGUCAGCUCUCAGUAUCUAUGUAUUGAUAAAGUGUUUGUCGAUCAUGGAAUCCUAUCGACCAUACUUGACCUCUUCUUCCAAUACCCAUGGAACAACAUCCUCCAUAACCAAGUGGGACAGAUUUGCGAAUAUAUCUUGACAGCCAGCGCCAAUGACGAGUUGAAGCUUGCAUUGAUCAAGGACGCCAAGCUCGUUGAGAGGAUAAUUGCCGUCGACAAGGAGAACAAGAAGGCAGUUGGUCCAAUCCAAUUUGGCUUCAUGGGAUACUUGAACCAAAUCGCGCGUACAAUCAACAGAACACAGAAAGAUAAAGCAUUCAUUGCAGAGAACGCAGAGUGGACUACAUACGUUGAGCAAUCACUGCAGCCAGCGUUGGAAAAUGAGGAUGGACUGUUGGGCGACUUUAAGUUGAGCCUGAUGAUGGCACAACAGGAUAAUGAUGACGAUGAUGAUCAGGUGUUUGUGCACGGCUCACUCGACAAUGCCGGCCAGUUCCACGGCUUCCAAUCCAAUCAUAUAUACGAGGACGACGUUGAGUACGACGAGGAGCACUUUGAGGAGAAUGGCGGCCACCACGACGGCGAUGACGACGAGGAGGUGCUGCAGUGGCAACACGCAACCAACAACACUGGCGAGAAUCACGCUGACAAUGGCUUCGUGGCCAAGUCGUCCGUGGUCUUUGAGAUCAAACCCGUCGAUGCCGAGACGGACAUGUCCGAGCUCGAGAACACCGUGCGCUCAAUCAACAUGGAUGGCCUCAUGUGGGGCAACUCUGAGCUACUCACCGUUGGCUACGGCAUCCAAAAGCUGUCCAUAGGCUGCGUUGUCGUCGACUCACUCGUGUCCACCGAUGAUCUGGAGGAGAAGAUAGCCUCCCUCGAGGACAUUGUCCAAAGCGUCGACAUUGUCUUGUUUAACAAGUUCUAA